AUGGUUUUCAACAACCUGAAGGUGGUCAAAAAAUCUCUGGUGACUGCAGACCCACCACCACCCCUAUUUGUUCUUCUGCUGGCCCUGGGCCGCCGCCUGCGCGCCGAGCCAGGCGACGGCGCGCAGACCUGGGCCCGCUUCUCGCGCCCCCCGGCCCCGGAGGCGGCGGGCCUGCUGCACGCCUCCUUCCCCGACGGCUUCUUCUGGGCCGUGGGCAGCGCCGCCUACCAGACGGAGGGCGGCUGGCAGCAGCACCGCAAGGGUGCGUCCAUCUGGGACACCUUCACGCACCACCCCCCGGGCGGCUCCCCGCUCGCGGGCCCGCCGUCGGGCGCCCCGUCGCCGUCCCCACCCGCCACGGGGGACGUGGCCAGUGACAGCUACAACAACGUAUUCCGCGACACGGAGGGGCUGCGCGAACUCGGGGUCACCCACUACCGCUUCUCCAUCUCCUGGGCGCGCGUGCUCCCCAACGGCAGCGCGGGCGCCCCCAACCGGGAGGGGCUGCGUUACUACCGGCGCCUGCUGGAGCGGCUGCGGGAGCUGGGCGUUGAGCCCGUGGUCACCCUGUACCACUGGGACUUGCCCCAGCGCCUGCAGGACGCCUACGGCGGCUGGGCCAACCGCGUCGUGGCCGGCCUCUUCAGGGACUACGCCGAGCUCUGUUUCCGCCACUUCGGCGGCCAGGUCAAGCACUGGAUCACCAUCGACAACCCCUACGUGGUGGCGUGGCACGGCUAUGCCACCGGGCGCCUGGCACCCGGCGUCCGGGGCAGCGCGCGGCUUGGGUACCUGGCGGCGCACAAUCUUCUCCUGGCUCAUGCCAAAGUCUGGCAUCUGUACAAUACUUCCUUUCGUCCCACUCAAGGAGGUCAAGUGUCCAUUGCCCUGAGCUCCCACUGGAUCCGGCCUCGAAGAAUGACUGACCACAGCCUCCAGGAAUGUCAGAAGUCUCUUGACUUUGUGCUCGGCUGGUUUGCCAAGCCCGUAUUUAUUGACGGCGACUACCCUGAGAGCAUGAGGAGUAAUCUUUCUUCUCUUCUGCCCGAAUUCACAGAAUCUGAGAGGAAUUUUGUGAAGGGGACAGCUGACUUCUUUGCUCUUUCUUUUGGACCUACCUUGAGUUUCCAACUAUUGGACCCUGACAUGAAGUUCCGACAAUUAGAAUCCCCCAGCCUGAGGCAGCUCCUUUCCUGGGUGGACCUUGAAUAUAACCACCCUCAGAUAUUCAUUGUGGAAAAUGGCUGGUUUGUCUCAGGGACCACCAAGAGAGACGAUGCCAAAUACAUGUACUACCUCAAGAAGUUUGUCAUGGAGACUCUAAAAGCCAUCAGACUGGACGGGGUCCACGUCAUCGGGUACACGGCGUGGUCCCUCAUGGAUGGCUUCGAAUGGCACAGGGGUUACAGCAUCCGCCGCGGGCUCUUCUACGUGGAUUUUCUGAGCAGGGAUAAGGAGCUGGUGCCCAAGUCGUCAGCCUUCUUCUACCAAAAGCUGAUAGAGAAUAAUGGCUUCCCACCUUUGCCUGAAAACCAGCCCUUAGAAGGGACGUUUGCCUGUGACUUCGCCUGGGGAAUUGUUGACAACUACAUGCAAGUAAGUCGGCUGACAAAACCCACCAGCGCCACCACUA